GCUGCGUCAUUCCUUUGCGUGCUGCGUCACUCGCUUGCCCGUCUCACUCCACCCCAAUGACGUCAGACGCACGCAGUUACGCGUAUGAUUCUGGAGUACAGGAAGAAUCUGGGGAUUGAGAGGUAAAUGAAACGAAUGGCGGGUCCCCCCGGCACUCAGGCAGCGGGACUUACUCAUUAGACUUAUCUAAAUACAGAUCUAACUUCUGAGAUACAAUGACCACCCUCGAUGAUAAGCUACUGGGAGAAAAGGGGCAGUACUACUACAGCAGCAGCAGCGAUGAUGAGGACAGUGAGCAAGAUAACAAAACCAUCAAGUUCUCUGGAGAACAGGAAGGGGGGAAAGAGGGAAGUGUGGUCAAUACAGGUCCCAAAGGGGUGAUAAAUGACUGGCGUCGUUAUAAGCAGCUUGAAACCGAACAAAAUGAGGAUCAAAAACGGGAAAUGGAACAGCUCAUUAAGAGGUUAUCUAUGACCUGUAAAUCUCAUCUUGAUGAAGAGAAGGACAAACAGAAAGAAAAGGAGCUUGAAGAAAGGCUACAGGGAAAGAUGACAAUGCAGGAAUACAAAAUGAUGAAUGAUGGAGAUGAUGAAGAAUUUUUACAGCAAUAUCGGAAACAAAGAAUUGAAGAGAUGAAAAAGCAACUUUCUCAGCCACAAUUGUUUAAAAAAGUGUUUGACAUUGCCAGUGGAGAGGAAUUUCUGGACAUGGUGGACAAAGAACAUAUGAAAACACGUGUUUUAAUUCUGAUUUAUGAGGAUGACGUUCUAGGGUGUGAGGCAGCAAAUGGCAGUAUAAUUUGUCUGGCUUCAGAGUACCCUGGGGUCAAGUUUUGCCGUGUGAAAAGCUCCCUCUUAGGGACCAGUGCAAAAUUCACCACUUACGCCCUGCCAGCCCUGCUUGUAUAUAAGGCAGGAGAACUAAUUGGCAAUUUUGUGAGGAUAACAGACCAACUUGGAGUGGAUUUUUUUGCUGUUGACCUGGAAGCAUUUUUGCACGAAUGUGGGUUGUUACCAGAAAAGGAUAUUGUAGCCACUUCAAUCUGUAAUCCGUCUAUUCAAGGCUAUAGUUCAGAUAGCGACCUAGAUAUAGACUAAUAUGUAUGGCUAUUAUGGCAUUUAUUGUAGUAUAGGCCCCUAGGCAAAAGAAAAAGGGAUGCACGAACCUUUGUGUAGGUUUGAAAUGUAAAAGUACACUUGUUUAUAUGAGGAAAGUAGCCGUUAUCAAACGUUACACUUGGUUCAAUGCAUCUGCAUAUGGAGCUGUAUGAAAUGCAUCUUUGAUUGCAAUGAUGCUGUAAGAGAUGGACUGUUCCCUGCUAGACUAACUAUACCUGAUCUAGUCCAGAACAGGAUGAAAAUAGGGGGCCAUUAUAUAAUCAAGGAGAAAAAGAAAAACCCUUCAGUAGAUUUAAAGAAAAAGUUUACCCAUGUUGGAGCCAUUCGAACCUGAGAGUAGGGUUAGAACCCACCCUGCCUGGGAAACUGACCUUGAGGCUGAGGUUCUUAUUUAGCAUAGCUGUGUAUUUUUGUCACAAAAGCUGUGUGCGUUACAUGUUCCCAUAUGUACACCUGUAGGCAAUUGAUACCAUUUGUGUUUUAUCAUUUGUGUAUUGGAAGAAUUUUGUUGUUAGUCUCCUAGACCAGCUGAAAAGGCUGGGGAUCGUGCAGUCACCAACAUUCUUUUUAUUAUAUUAAUGAAAGUGUACUUUGUGAUUUUUAACACAAGCAAGUUUCAGGGGGAAAAAAGUCCUGGAAUCUGUUUGUUCUUCUGAAUAAAUUAAAUACAUUUUCUUUCAUAUCAA